AUGCCUCCACAGGAGGAAUUAUUAACACCUAUUUCCCCUCCUCCUGCACCACAAGAGGAAAUAUUAACUCCACCACUUGCAUCUCCACAAAAAGAAAUACCAACACAAGAGUCUCACGUAACAUUAUCUCCGAUCAAAGAAGAGCCAUUAAUUAAAGAAAAUGAUGAUGCUGUACUUAUGGAAUUCUUUGACUCCAUGCAGGCUGUUACAAUGGGAAUGUUAGCAGAAAGUGAUGUUAAGAAUGAAGUAAUAACUAAUUACAACCCCCUCUUUAAUUCAACAAGUAUUUAA